AUGAUGAUCCUAUUUCAAUGGACCCGAAAGAAAUAUGGACUAUAUAAGUAUUAUAUCGCCCACCCUGAGUCAAUCAAUUUGCUAAAUCAUAUGAAAUAGCCAAGUUCAUUUCUAAAGAAAGCAGGAAAAACUCCUACAAGUGAAUUAGUGCAAACUUAGAUAAAAUUAGAAUUUGUAAAUUAUCCUCUAUAACUCAAAUAGAAAAGAUUUAUAUUUAGCAAGAUAAAAUAUCUCUAUGAAAAUGACCACUUAAUUUUUAAUGAUUCCCAAUCUAUUAGACCUGACUUCAACCCCAAACUAGAAAUUGUUCUGAAUGAUUUUUAAGAGCAAAAUUUACUUCAAGAUGCCCCAUAAUGUGAUGACAAGGGAGUCUAUAAAUUAAGCUUGAAAGGUCUACUUGACAUUGAUGAGUUAAAAAUACUAAUCAAUCAUAAAAAGAUUCUGCUACUGCAACACAGUUACCAUAUUUUAGAAGAUCUUUGUAGAUAAAGAAGUGAUGUCAAAAUUUAUGGAACAUAUUUAAAAAAUUUGUAGCGCCCUGAAAAAAACCCCUAGUUGAAGUUUUAUGAAACUUCCAAAACAGAUAAAAUUACUGGCCAGAAGGAAUACAAGAUAGUGUCUACAUUUGAUUAAAUAAGCAAAGAAGAUAAAUUUAAACUUAAAUCAGCAAUAGAUGCCUAUUAUGAUUCUUAUCAUAGUGAUCAGCCGUGGGUUAAUCUGGAGAAGCAACUCUAUUAAAAUCGAGUAUAAAUCGAUGAAAUUGAUGCAUUAAUUCAGAAUCUUUAAAAUGAUGAAGACACGAAGCUGAGAAUGAUAGCUAAUCAGGGGAAAACAACUAAUUACUUGUACUAAUUAGUCUACAAAUAUAAUGUGAUCUGCCCUUGA